GGUUUCUAUCGAGGCUGGGGGAGGGUUCGGUGAAAGGGGAAAGUUCAGAGGUUCUAGUUUUGUUGUCUUUGUGUUAAGGAGUGGAGCCCGAUCUCACACUAUCACUCUUCCCUCUUCCCCGAAUCCUUUUAAAACUCUCCCCCGGGUUUCUACCCUCCCGAACCUCUCCCCUUCUACCCUUACAACCCCACCCUCCCCCCGACAACACAUCUCAAAACACGGAUCAGCUCUCCGUCAGAUCCCAUCUUUGUGACCAAAGACCCCUGUCUUGACACUUCAGACGCAGCUACUCUCCCAUCCAGUGGUAGUUAUGGACUCCGGUGUGAUUGAAGGAGGACUCAAUGUCACCCUGACCAUUAGAUUGCUGAUGCACGGCAAGGAAGUUGGAAGCAUCAUUGGCAAGAAAGGCGAAUCUGUGAAGAAAAUGAGAGAAGAGAGCGGGGCUCGCAUCAACAUCUCAGAAGGCAACUGUCCUGAAAGGAUCAUUACUUUGGCAGGCCCCACCACCGCCAUCUUCAAAGCAUUUUCCAUGAUCAUUGAAAAGCUGGAAGAGGACAUCAGCAGCUCCAUGACGAACAGCACGGCCACCAGCAAGCCUCCUGUCACCCUUCGCAUUGUGGUGCCGGCCAGCCAGUGUGGUUCACUAAUUGGCAAGGGAGGCUGCAAGAUCAAAGAAAUACGGGAGUCGACAGGUGCUCAGGUACAGGUGGCAGGGGACAUGCUUCCUAACUCUACGGAACGCGCCAUCACCAUCGCCGGGACCCCUCAGUCCAUUAUCGAGUGUGUCAAGCAGAUCUGCGUGGUUAUGCUGGAGGUAAGUUCUCCCCCUAAGGGAGUCACCAUCCCGUAUCGACCAAAACCUUCAGGAUCGCCUGUCAUCUUCGCCGGAGGGCAGGCGUACGCCGUUCAAGGACAACACGCGAUACCCCAGCCAGAUUCUUCCUCUGCCUCUAUCUCUCCACAGCUCACCAAGCUUCACCAGCUGGCCAUGCAGCAGAGUCCCUUCCCCAUGGCCCCCAGCAGCCAGGGGUUCCAAGGAGGAAUGGAUGCUUCUGCCCAAACGAGCUCCCAUGAGAUGACCAUUCCAAAUGAUUUGAUUGGCUGCAUCAUUGGUCGCCAGGGUGCCAAGAUCAAUGAGAUCCGCCAGAUGUCUGGUGCCCAGAUAAAGAUAGCCAAUCCUGUGGAGGGGUCUGCAGACAGACAGGUCACCAUCACUGGUUCUCCCGCCUCCAUCAGUCUGGCAGAGUACCUCAUCAAUGCCAGGCUCUCCUCUGAAGCGACAGGACUGGCGGCCAACUGAUAGAACAGACUGCAUAGAUCUGAUCUGCACUAACCCCCUCACUUUUACCUUCUGCCACCCAUCGACUCAUCAGUCAGCUUUCUCCUUUUAAAGUGGUCAAUGCAACUAUGAACUUAGUUUUCCCACUUGCUUUGUCGUUAAAUCAUGCCACCCACCCGAUUUAAUUUGAUCAGCAUUUAUUUAUUUUUAUUCUGUUUUUACGAAUGCUAAAAGAAAUUGGUUUUUAAGUCCCUUUUCAGUCCCAGAUGGAAGUUUUUAAGGAUUUUGUUCUUAGAUUCUUUUUUUUUUUAUUUGUAUUAUUCUUUUGAAUGGAAAACCCUCUCCCUAUCUUUCUUUACACUUUCAAUAAAGAGUAGAGGUGGAAAAAUCUGAAUAGGCAUAGGUUUAGAUCUGUAAAAGGCAGAUUUUUUUUCUUUAAAAAUUAAAAGGCAAAAAAAAGGAAAAAUAAAAAAGUCUCAAAAAUAACGAUUGACUGUUUUUUUGUUUAGUUUUUUUCCUCUCUCUUACCCCACCCAACACUUCCCCAUACCGCACCCCCUGGUCAUCUUAUUAUUUGAAAUUAUUCCAAAAGAAGCUCACCUUGACGUCACUUCCUGUUAUGUCACAACGCUCAUGAAAUAAUACCGGGGGAAUUUAUCAUGUUGUCACCAACAGGAGGAAAUGUAUAGCCUGUAUAGUCAUCACUGCUUGUAAUUAGAGUAUGACAAGCCACUGUAACACUACUAGAAGAAAUUGAAAAUUGCAUUCGUUCAGAAUAACAUAAAUGUGUCCGUACGCAUGUCACUGUAACUUUGUUUUCACGUAUUUUUUUUUGUGUCAUUCCUAUUUUUCCACCUUCCCCUUAUUGCCUCCUGUUUGAGCAUUUGUUCAGGAUUUGAACCACAUGACACUCUGCUCCCAGUAGAAUGCAUUAUAAAGGGAAAAGUGUGCCAUUUGGAACAAUUUCCGUAUAUUGCUUGGGUCUGGACAUUUUUAGGGGCGUUGGGGUUUGGCUCGAGGGCAAAGACACGGGGACAAUUUCUUUUGUUGUAAAGACUGAUAGUACUACUAUAAAAAAAUAACUGACUUUGUUUUAAAUGGAGGAAAUAUUUUUUUUAACUACCAAAGGGGAUAGACUCCUGAACCAUGACCAGGUGUGUCUUGUGAGCGAGGAACUAAGAUAUUAUGAAUCGUUAUUAAGCUGAAACUAAGAUACAGAAAAGGGUGAUAAAUGAGUUAACACUAGUUUCCUGCUCUUUGAUUUCUUUGCUCGAUUCAGAUUUUAUUUUUUUGCAGGAAAUUAAACUUCUGUGCACGUUUUUGGAAAGACUGUCGAGCUUGGGUGCCACAACAUUGUUAAAAAAAAACUACAGAAAUAAAGAUGUGAAAUGUUCAGACUACAUCC